CCACACGGGACGUCGUUCGCAGCAGAGUUGUAAGAAAUCUCCUUUUUUGCUCCCUCGGCGCGACAAAAAUGGUUUUUAUUAAAGUUAUUCAAGUUAAGAACGAGUCGGCCAUGAUAAGAAACCGCAAACUGCGAUGAACCUAUAACCUUGGAGCCGUCUGAACAAGAGGCAAGAAAAGUUAGAAGAAAAAAUGGACAAUGAAGAAAGCGUCGAAACUAUGCCUCGCACUUUACUCACUGUUUCGGCAGUGAUAAUAAUUUUGAUCAUCAUUCUCGGAGUUUUGGGUAAUUUGUUGACCAUUCUUGUGUAUUCAUUAACUCCCAAAAUACGAAACGCAACCGCUGCAUUCAUUGUCAGCCUCAGCUUCGCCGACCUGUUUUUCUGCAUUUUCGUUUUGCCGUUCAGCGCGUCUAGGUUCAUCCAUGGAAAAUGGAAGUAUGGGGAUUUUGUCUGCAAAUUGUAUUCUUUUGUCGAGUUUGGAAAUGUUGGCGUUUCCCUUCUGUUCAUCAUGAUGAUUUCAAUAAACAGGUACGUUAAGAUCGUGCAUUGUCAGAUGUAUGAGAGAAUUUACACGCCAUUGCGGACUGCAGCCAUGAUUGUAUUUUGCUGGCUAGUCAGUUUCUUGAUGCAACUGCCUACUUUGCUAGGAGUCUGGGGUACAUAUGGCUAUGAUGAAAAGCUUUUCAAGUGUGACAUUGUGGAAGAUGACAACGGACGUUCAAGCAAAUCAGCGCUCUUCAUUAUUGCAUUUACCCUCACUUUCUCCACCAUCAUCUAUUGCUAUUCCAGAAUUUUUGUCGUUUACUUCCGGUCAAAAUCUAGAAUUCGUCAGAAUUCAACAUUUCAACAAUCUGAUAGAAACAAAAAUGCAGACAAUCAAAGGGAUUUGCGUUUCACACUGAUAAUGUUCACGAUCUUCAUAUCAUUUAUCGCCUGCUAUGUUCCUCAAACAAUCAUUACUCUUGUGGAUGAAAAAAAGGAAAAACCAGCGUUGUACGUGGUGGGAUACGACAUUUUAAGUUUGUCCGCCUGCGUCAACCCCAUCAUCUACGCAUUGAUGAACAAGCAGUUCAGAGAUGGCAUCAUUCAAUUGCUGCCUGUAAAGAACACUUUCAACCCCGACUAUCAAACUAACCAAACUGUAUCUGCUAGCCUUAAAUAGAAUCAUCGUAUUUGCAUUAUUUUUACUUCAAUUCAUCAUAGCUUCACUUCCAUCAAUGCACAUGGCUAACUUUUUUCCAAAUUAAUUGCGUGGAAAAUGUAUAUUUUGAAUUUUCCGCAGCACAACGUUUACUUACAAAAAUAUAGAUGACCAUAAACCAUUUAUUUUAUAUAAUUAUGAUAAUUAUUUCCUGACAUAUUAUUUCAAGUUUAAACGCUGAAAUAAGUUUUUAAAUUAAAUAACGAAAACUAACUUCUUGCGGUAUAUUUAACUCUCACCAGCACAAUCAAAAUAUUAAUGUUUGAUAAGCCAAACAAAUUAUACGAAACUCUUAUUUUAUUUCUUUUACAUUUACAUAUUACUAAACUUCCUCACAAGCCAACAAAGACCAUUACAAAGUUUCCAACAGUGGUAUUAAAAUUUUGUAUGACGCUUCAAAAUGAACUUCCACAACGAAUUUUUUUCUAAUUGUUCUUAUUAACAGCGCUCAAUAAUUUCACAUGUGCUCUAUUUACAUUAACUGCUUAUUAUUAGUUUUCUCUUCAAUUACGAUUUUAUGUUAAAAAAUAAAUGUGAAUAAAUUCAUUACAAUUACAUUUAAAAUCGUAACAAAUUAAUUUCAAAUCUAACAGUUGACUAACAGGUAUGGCCUUUAACAAUGAAGAUUAAUUUAUUUCUCUCCAAAAAAUUAAGCACACAAACUGUAAAGGAACUUAGUUAUUUAUAAAGAACCUCAAUCCCUUUUUUGGAUUUCCUCUCGAUUCCAACCAAUGAAGAAAUUUACUACUUUUGAAAAGUGGUUUUCGUGUUUCUACUUUUUUGGCUUUUUUGGUCAGCCAUUCGUGGCGGGGAGUUUAUGCAACUGGCUGAACGCUGGCGCAUCAACGGCUGCCGCUGUAAAAGUUAUUAAACCAGAGCACACCGACUCGAAGCGGUUUAUGUAGCGCAGACGACCU